AUGUGGAACACCGAAAGCCCCCUGGGCCGGCACGAUGACACCACCUGCUUUCGUCAACUCUUAUGUCCAGACCCCUUCUGCGAGGUGUGUAAUAAGGCAACUGCUGAGGUCAAUCGGAUGCUAUUCCCAGAGGCCCUGGAAGAUUCUACUUCCUCUGUGUCCCCGUUGGCUUCCACAGCUCCUGUGACUGAGUCAUCGUUUACUCUGUCCCCUGCCUUCUCAACAGUCCCUCCAAGAGACCUAACAGCAGCCUCUCUGCUUGAGCCUUCCCCACUGCCCACCUCCGUUCUCUCCCCUAACCCAGUGACUCCCUUAGUUGACUUUUUUUCACCCUCACCACUGGGUCACUCUCUGGCACCAGAGCCUUUUCCUUCCUUGGAUUCCAAAUUCCCUGUGGACUAUUCCCCACCCCAACCCCUUGCCUUUCCCCCUCUCCUACCACAUGACACUCAGACAGCAGAUCCUGUUCCCCCACAAGAGGCCACUUUGUCUCCGGAUACCAUUUUCUCUCUUGACCCCACCCUUUCCCAAGAUAUCAAUCCCUUAUCAGAUUUGUCCCAGGCAGUGAAUCACCCCGAUUCUUCUGCUUGUCAUCAUGCACCACCAACUCUGUCUGUUUCACCACAGCCAGACUGCACUUUAUCUGUGACUCAACCUAAAUCAACUUCCAUCUUACUGAAGCCUGUUCUGGAGAAGUUAUCUCCAGAUAGCUCUGGUGGGUUGUCCACUUGUGUUUCAACAAUCAGAGGCACUGAGCAUUCAAGCCUGUCAAUUUCAGACUUCUCCUCAAGGCAAGCUAAUGCCAAGAACGUGUUCCUCCCCACAUUAUCACUCUCUGAUUUUCAGAGAGAGAAUGUUUCCCUCCCUCUACCAGACACCUGUCUCUGGGGAGACUCUGUUACCAAGCACAUGGAGGCCAUCCAGGGACUCUUGGAGAGACAAAUAGAAAAGAAAAUGGCUUUCCAGAAUUUAGAGAAGAAACAAAAGGAAGAGGGACCAUUUUCAAAACAAAUGUCAGAAUACCAACGGACAUCUUCAGGGAAUUCAUUGCAGUCACUUGAUGUAAAGGACACUAGAGCCCCCCAAACUGGCUGGAACAGUGAAAGCAAACCCGAGCAGCUGCGCAUUUGUCAGCAGCUCCUAUAUGACAAGACUUUGGGGGAAAACUUGCAGCAGAAAUAUAGCCAGCUCUUCUGGGGUCUUCCCUCUUUGCACAGUGAGUCCCUAGAGGCUACUCUCCUGGCUUCUAGUAGUAGUUACCCACUAGAGUCUCACUCUGUUUUAUUCAAUGGAAUCUGUAAUGCUUCUGCAUUCAAAAUGCGGGAUCAAGAAUCUCCACCACUUCUUUAUUCCCAUCCCCUUCUGCUCCCUCAUGUACAUCCACAACCCUUGCCUCAAACUAAAACCCAAUCCCAGCCCCUACCUUUCACUCAGGUCCAGCCCCAGGCCCACCUUCAAUCCCAACUCCCAAAUCUAUCAUCUUCUUCUCCAUCCCAGGUUAGGGACCAUGGAGUGUCUUUCCAUAGAUUCCAGAAUGAGUCAGACUUUCAUAUCACGACUGGAAAUCAACACCUGGAAUGGCACAUGUUGCAGAAACAACAGGAAAGUUUGUGGGGUUUAGUUCCUGUGCUCCAGAAAUCUCAAGAAGCCACUUGUCCUCAAGCUCUUAACCUCCCAUUGGUCAACCGGUCGUCCCAUGCCUAUGUACCAGUCUCCGUCCUUGGCCAUUUUCAUAUCACCAGUGAACCCCAGGAGAAACUGGAGCUCCACGUUCCAAGGAGGCUAAUUCCACGAUGGUGCCUCCAAGCCUGUAGGAAUCUAGAGUCCCCAGCACUGAUGGAGCCUCAGUAUAAAUUAACAGAAGUACCUCAGCAGAGAGGCACACACGUUCACUUACAAAUCUCUGAGCUUCAGGGCAAGGAUAGCAAGGAUAUAGGGAAGACUGAAUUGGGUCUCCCAGCAAAUUUCCAUGAGAGGGCCCCAACAGAGUUUCAGCUAAGGGAUGACAUGAGGAAGAAUCUUGGCUAUAUCCUAGAGAAGAGCCCAGAAGACAGUCCACAAGAGGUCUCAGAAUGUUACCUAGUGCAGGGUCUGAGGGCUGCUUUGGAGACAAAAACUAACUGUGUGUGUCACUCAAGGAAUCACUCAGGGAAUGAAUUAUUAAAUGUCUCAAGGAAGGACAUAGAUUGGAAUCAAAUAAAAACCAUUCUUAGACUACAUGUGAGCACGAAGUCUUGGCAGAUCAGUGCAGGUAGGAUUCCUAUAGGUGUGUGUCGUUCAUGGCUGGCUGACGACAAUACUUUGCCUCCUUCUGGGAGUUCCCAGACCAAUAUGGAAGACGCAGAUUCAAAAAGCGCAAUGGUAGGUAAAGUCUACCACCAGAUUAGCACUCUAGAGCUUUCUUUUCUUGAUCCUAACACCCGAAAGGUGCUAGAAGCCCAUAUUUUAAGGUUUCGUGUGACUCAGAGAUGGGGUCUACCCCUCAAGGUUCUUGAAUCCAUAAAAUUCUAUAUGUUGAGAGAAGCCAAAACAUGGCCUCUUCCUCAAUUUGACUUUCCCUCCUCAACCACCCAUAUUUCUGGGGUGGAUUCCAAAGGUGAGGUUUCCAAGCCCCUUGAAGGAAGUUCUGAAACUUCUCAGGGGAACAAGGUGAGAACUACAAAUUCAGUCCCGGUGCUGGAUCAUCCUCUUCCUGUUAUCUCAUCUGUGGACAAAGAAGGACAGCAGGCCCCGCAGCCAUCACACUCUGAUAUCGACCAAAGGCUUGCAGAGGACGUUCAGACAAUUGAGCGUGGCAGACAGACUUUUCAGCUGCUCACACACAGAAACAAAGACAAAGUGAGUCAGAGUGAGACUCUACUAGACCACAGAUGCAGCCCAGAGGUGCCCAUAAGGCAAGCCGGGGAUGGACAUGAGCCAAGGGAUGAGAACAUGAACUCCAGUGAUAGAGUAGAAAUGAUUCAGGGCCAAAAGAUAGAGGGGAAGAAUUUAGAACAUUCUUUCAUGUCCAGUGUGUCCAGGGAGAUAUUCAAGGCCAAGGAGCUGUGUGCUCUUCAAUCACAAUAUUGUGACAUCUUGACAACCAGCGAGUUGGACAGCUCCCAAAUGGCAUACGUCAAUAUGGAUAAAAUAGAAACUACCCUGACCACCCAAUGUCCCUCACCAAAAAUAACUGUUCCCCAAGAUUCUAAACUAUCAGACCUUCAAAACCAGCUCCUUAGUGAGUUAAAGUUUAAAUUCGAGGGUAAGGAGCAUAGCCAGGCUGUACACUGUCCCACUGACAUGCCCCUGAUUUCAGGUAGGUUGCCUUCCAAGCCUUCACUGACUCAUGUCCACAGUGUCUCCACUGGGGACAUGGCAGCUUCCCAGGUGCUGCAUGCCCACUUGGAGGACAGUGGGACCAGCACGGAGCAGAGGCAGGAUCCCUCUAAGCAUGUCUUAUGGAACUGCCAGGAUAAGAAUUUCCCACCUGUUGCAAAGAGAGUGAGACCUCCGGGCUCCAAAGCAGGAGAAUACAGAAGUGAGGAUUCAGGACUAGGGACGUCUACAGGCAGAAAGAAGAGCCACCCUGUUGAGGAAAGAGAAUUAAAGGACACUUCCCCACCUCUGUCACAGAAUGAACAGCUUCCUCCAGAAAGUUACUUCAGAAAAAAGAUGAGGCGAUUUUUUCAGUGGAUUGACUCCAAGAGGAAAAUCAAAGACCAGGAAAGUCCCCAGCAAAAAGCCAAAUUCACGUCAACCUUUGUGCAGCACCAAGACUCAGUUGAAAGUGCAGCUAUCUUUGUGAGUUAUGGGCCUCCUGAAGCUCAGGAGCUCAUGACAGCCAUUGGGAAGAUCCUAGAAGAGAAGCUGGCAUGUAGGUUCAAAUCUGAGGCCUUGGAGUUAAGUCAGCACAAGAAGAAACUGCAGACCCAGGUACAGCCUGACAAGGGACGUCCCUCCAACUGUGGGGCUCUCUCUGACCCACAGCAAGAGGAAUGGGCACGUACCAAGUCCUCAAAUCAAGAAGCUGUUUCUGUUGACCAGAGUUGUCUUACAAGUGUUAGACAGAACAGAGACAGGAUCAGACAUCACCAGAAAGUUGUGGCCUUUGAGGACUAG